AUGCCGGCUUUCAAGCCUCGAGAUCGCAAACACAGGCGUAGGCCGCAAGAUGGCAAGGCAGCUGCCAUCCCGGCCGACACAAAUGCCGCCGAAAUCGUGCCCGCCUCCAAGGCGGAAAAAGAGGCCAAGCGACAGCAGCUGAGAGAUCAGCUACGGGACCAGCAGCCCAAAAUGUCUUCCAAGAAGAAGAAGCGACUGGAUAAAUAUAUUGAAACCAAAUUGAGAAAAGACGAAAACUUGGAAUUGAUGAAAAAGCUGGCCCUGGCGAAGGUCGACCUCUCCGAAUUUCGAAGUAUAAAAAAUUUGAGCAAAAAAGAAAAAGGUCAUACCGACAUCACAAUUGCUACACCGCAGGCAGCAGAAGCAGGUCUUUCGGGCGAUGAAUCUGACGAGUUGGAGACUGGUUUGAGUGAGAGAAACGCCGCAGCGCCUGACAUCGUGGAACCCAUCGCUCCGGUGCAGGUUGGAAGUGGUUUGAAACGGCCUCUUGAACUCGGGGAAGACGGAUUCCCAGUUCUUAAGAAGAGAAAGAGGACGCGCAAGGCUAAGCCAGUGAUCAAAGAGCUUCCUUGGGAAGGCUUUGACUCUGGUAACGAGGAAGCAGAAGAGGAUGAGGACGACGAGUCUGAUCCCGAGGAUGCAUCUGAAGAUAUCACUUCACAAAGUGAGAGUGAACAUAGCACUAGCGACGAGGAUGGCGAGGAUGACGAGGAAGAAGAUGAUGACGAUGACUCGGACCAAGAUGACGAUGAAGGAGAAGCAACUAGCCUCCGCACCAGGAAUUCUGCAUUCAAGUCAUGGGCCACAAACAGAAUCAACGAAGCUGUGGGGUUUAAACCUAGCGCCGACCAGCCCCUUUCAGAACAACACGCAUUGUCUGCCAAAUUAGUGGUGAAAGAAGGCAAGGUUCCUAGGAAUACCGUGUACGAAGAAGAGCCACUUCCCCGAGAGCUCCAACCCACCACAGGAGACCCGAACCGCAAGGCAUUUAGUGUCCAGGUAGAUCGACCAGAAGAAAUCCAAGAAGCCCGACUGAAGCUCCCCGUGGUAGGCGAAGAACAAAAAAUCAUGGAAGCUAUUUACAACAACUCAUCCAUUGUCAUUUGGGGAGCGACUGGAAGUGGUAAAACAACACAGCUGCCACAAUUCCUCUUCGAAGCUGGCUACGGUCACCCGGACAGCCCAAAUCCAGGUAUGAUAGCCGUCACUCAACCGCGACGAGUUGCAGCGGUGAGCAUGUCGAAGCGUGUGGGCGACGAGUUGGGACAGUAUUCCAACCGAGUAUCCUACCAAAUCCGGUUUGAUACCAAUGUCUCCAGCAGCACUGCAAUCAAAUUCAUGACUGAUGGUAUUUUGCUACGCGAAAUCGCAAAGGAUUUUUCUUUGAGUAAAUACUCGGUAAUCAUCAUCGAUGAAGCCCACGAACGGAGUGUCAAUACGGAUAUUCUGAUAGGCAUGGCCAGUCGUAUCGUUGAUCUCCGGGAAUCCAUGCGCAAAGAAGAUCCUUCGGUCAAGCCGUUGAAACUGGUGAUCAUGUCGGCUACUUUGCGAAUAUCCGAUUUCACCCAGAAUGCACAUCUUUUCCGACAUGGUGUCCCACCACUAGUACAAGCAGAAGGCCGACAAUACCCUGUCACCACACAUUUUGCCCGACGCACUCAUCGAGACUAUGUUGAAGAGGCAUUCCGCAAGGUAUCGAGAGGACACCGCAAACUCCCAGCUGGGGGCAUGCUUGUCUUCCUCACUGGCCAGAAUGAGAUUAAACAGCUAUCUAAGCGCCUAAAGCAAGCCUUCAAACCAACACAACGCGGUGAGGACUUUCAAGGGAAACUGAAACUAUCAGCGGCAGAUGCUCCACUCGAAACCGAGGACAUUGAGCUGGGCGACCCAGAUACCGGGCACCAAGGCGAGGACGAUGAAAGCGAUAUUGAUAUCGUUGGUUUGGAUGAUGAGGAUGAGGAUGACCAAGAUUUCGAUCUAGGCGAGGAAAGCAUGGCAUCUACUACGCGUGUCCAUGUGCUGCCGUUAUAUUCCCAACUGCCCACGAAAGAGCAGUUGAAAGUCUUCGAGUCCCCUCCAGAAGGAUCACGACUAAUAGUCUUGGCUACAAACGUUGCUGAAACUAGUUUGACUAUCCCGGGCAUCAAGUAUGUUUUCGACUGCGGACGGUCAAAGGAAAAACAAUACGACCUUUCCACAGGUGUCCAGACGUUCCAGAUUGGCUGGAUAAGCAAAGCCAGUGCAAGCCAGAGAGCUGGUCGUGCUGGUCGAACAGGUCCCGGGCACUGUUACAGAAUGUACUCAAGUGCAAUCUACGAGGCAGAUUUUGCCGACCAUACAGAGCCUGAAAUCCUCAGGACGCCGAUUGAAGGGGUUGUCCUACAAAUGAAGAGCAUGGGUCUGCACAAUGUCAUCAACUUUCCAUUCCCUACUCCUCCAAGUCGACAGGGCUUGACAAAGGCAGAAAAGCUUCUUAGGAACCUCGGGGCGCUCAAGCCUGACGGUCAAGUCACCGACUUGGGGAAUAAAUUAUCGGCCUAUCCGCUGUCACCCAGGUAUAGCAAGAUGCUUCAAAUCGGCCACCAACACGGUUGCAUGCCAUAUGUGAUUGCAUUGGUAUCGGCGCUUGCUGUGGGCGAUCUCUUUGUCCAAGACAGUCAGGUCGAUAUGACAGUGUCGGCAGCCAAAACGGACAAGGAUUUAGUGUACACAAACGCAGACAGAUUAGAGGAUACCGCUCGAGAGCAGCGUCGCAAAGACUUCUUCCGGGCCCGGCGUCUACUCAGCAAGCACGACGAUACCUCUGACGCCCUGAGAUAUUUAUCUGCCAUCUGCGCAUACGCGUAUGCAUCUGAGGAAGAGUCCUUCUGCGAGCAAAUGUUCCUUCGUGCAAAGGGGCUCAAAGAAGCCUCGCAACUCCGGAGCCAACUCACAGACAUUGUACGCACCAAUAACCCUGGACUUCUCGGCUCAUACGAGGCUCGCCUCGCGGAGCCGGCGGUGAAACAGAUCAAAGCCCUAAAGCAAAUCGUCACCGCUGGGUUUAUUGACAAUGUCGCAAUCAGGGCUGAUAUGUCACCCGAGCCUCCAGAAAUGCAGCGCAAACCUCGAGGCGCCACCGAAGUCCCUUACUAUACCCUUUUCCGAGCUCACGAGGGCCGGGCAGAAGAAAUCGAUGAGAAAGCAGUGUAUAUACAUCCAUCAUCGAUUCUCGCACACCUAACGCCCAAGGAGAUGCCGCAGUAUCUAGUUUAUUCGCAUCUUCAGCAAUCAACUGGCUCUCAGGCGUCGGAAAAUACCGUGCCCAAGGUUCGAAUGUUCCCCUUAGCUGCGCCAAGUGGACUGCAGCUGUCGGCUCUGGCACACGGAACACCGCUGUUGGAAUACGGUAAGCCGGUUGGCAAGGUCGAGGCUCUAGGAAGCAUCCCUCAGCGUCGCCAGUGCUUUGUUGUUCCUUCGCUGGUUGGAGAGCCGGGUAGCACAGGAUGGCCACUGCCAGCGAAAAAAGUUGUACAGAUCAAGGAUCCGAAAGAGGGCUGGAUUGUGGAAAAGUUCCUUACAUGA